GGGGCAAUUGCUCGAAAGGAACCCCUAUCGAUCCAUGACGUUGCUCCAGCCACGUGUUUAUCGAUCGCUCGCCACCUUCGUUCACUGGUUUCCCUAGAAGCCUUUUCAAUGGUUCCUGAUGGUAUUCUCGCAUCGUGCUAGAGAGAAUUUUUGUUUCGCAGCUGUUCGACCACGUUUCGCUCUAUCGUUCAACUUAUCGACUCUUAGGUGGCUCGUUGGAGUUUCCGGAUAAAGUAUCCGGACGUGCUUGCCCUGCGGCAAGAUAUCGUAAUCUUUCAGCGACAAGAGCAUCGUUCGAAGCAGUUCCGACAUCGCGAAGCUGCACAAGCCGCCGCCGAAUCGACGCAAAUUGCUAGGACUCGCCUGACCGCCUUUCAUCGGUCUUGAUUAGCCGCGAAAUAGAAGAGCGGGCGAUUCAGCGGUUUGCGUUUUGUUCCACAAAAUCUCAACGAAGAAAGAGUCGUUUGUUUACGAUCCGUAAACCAACCGAACUGUCACGUACGUCUGGAAGUCUAUAUGAGAACCUUGCGGACUUAUGUAACAUAUCGAGGCGUAAUUUAACAAAGUUGGAAAAAUAAGGCACCUGUGCUUCGAAGAAAGCAGAACUUACUAAAUAACAAUCGUUAUUUAUUGCUUACAUCAAGAGUAUCGAAUAAAGAUAAUGAAUAAAUUAUCGACGCUGAUUAUUUUCUCCUCCGAUUAUUUAUGAAAUACGUUGAUGUACAUGCAGGUACAAAUAUGUACGCGUUAAAUCAUAAUCUUGGAGAGUUUUGCUAAAACGUUCCUGGAAACACAUUCACGAGCCACGAACAAUAAGCCAACCCUCUUCCAACGGAUUAAGAGAGUAGAGUGGCUUGUCCGGUUCCGCGAGGAAGCUCCCUCGUGUUCAGUCCAAGACUUUGUUAGAUCAAGUUAACCGAGGAGAGCAGAUCAGCGAGACAUCGAGAAAGAGAGAGAGUGGGGCGCGAUAAAGCGGGGCUGUACACAUUUUUCAGUGAUUAGUGCGCGUUGCUUGCUCGAACGGCCAACUCGUCUUCGUUCUUCCGUUACACGAGUCGAUCGUCCGUGACUUUGAACCCUCGAACGGACCAGUUAGUCGCUCUCGACGUUGAACUAAAUUCUUAAACGAUUCCUAAUCGAGAGCCUCGCGCCGAUUUCGUCGUUGUUGUGAUUUCUCAAGAGAACGUCGUCGGUAUUUUACAAGAAAUCGGCAAUACUGCAUGUUCGAUACGGAAAAUCGGUACUGGAAAAAAUCAGUGACGUCGAUGAACUCGAUUGGAGCGAGUUUGCCUAAGAAGAUCAAGGUCACGUUUGAUUAGAACCAUAAAUCAAAAAGCAUCGUUAAUUAAUGCGAGAACAAUUUGUAUCGAAAGACUUCGAUAUCAACGGGAAGGAAAUUUUAUUUUCUAACAAAUUAUCGUUUCCGGCCGACGGCCACCUAUCGCCAUUUUGCGUCAAUCGAUUUUUCGUCGAAUACCAUUGCUGGCACGCAAUUCUAUAUACGGUUGAUACAUAUAAUACACGUAAGAAAUAGUUGCACGUAUCAGCUGGGAAGAUCGGAUACACCGGAAGAGGAGUCGCUUAGUUCUAGAAGAGAGACUUGGUUCUGUUCAAUGAGAAAAUUUUCAUUCCCUUGCAUUUCGUUUUCGGGAAUUUAAAGGAUCGUGUUUAGAAUUUCGCCAACUUCGUUUCGCUUCGUUCGUUUCGAGUUUGAUGCGAGGAUUUACGAAUUGUUAAGUUUGUGCGGUGUAAUUCGACGAUCUUUCUCAAGUAGAAUCGAAAUAAGAUCGCGAGACGUUGGAAUCGCUGUAAAUAUCUGGUAACAUGAAGAAAGAAGAGGAAGAACAUGUAUGGGAAAAUGUCUAGCGACGACUGUGCGGCAAAGUGUUGGGACUCGAACUCGCGUUAAGCAUCGAUAAGUAAAAUUGCUCGUAGAUAGGCAGUGAUUUGAAUCGUGUGCUCGAGUUUAUUGUUAUGUAGAAUUGCGUGACUAUACAAAAUGUCGUUUGUGAACGGGACGAUGAUGUUACUCGCGUACACCGCGAACAUGAUCGCCACGUUACCUGAAAAAGUGGGUACCGAGCUUGGUGAGAAUACUAUGGACAACACGAACGUAACGACGACCACGUUAUCACCGGAGGAACGAGAAAACCAAUUCGAUUUCGACGACCAAUGGUACAUGUGGCGAUGUUUCGACCCGUACGGCUGCUUUUACAUCGGUUCGCCAUGGUCCGGAGAGAACAGACCAGUCUCUACGUUUCCGGCUCGGCCGGACAGCAUAAAUCCACGUUACAUGCUUUACACUCGAGAUAAUAAGGCAGAACCGCGCGAACUCAAAAUCGACAAGUACGAAACUAUUCGCGGAGCGCACCUUAAAAACGAUAGGAAUCUUUAUUUGAUCGUUCAUGGUUUUCUCGACAACGGCGACAAAACGUGGGUUUUGAGAACGAUGGAGGAAUUAUUGACCAAGGAAGACAGCAACGUGGUGAUCGUGAAUUGGAUCGGUGGAGCGGGUCCACCGUACACGCAAGCUGUGGCCAACACAAGAUUGGUAGGUGCGAUGACGGCUCGUUUGGCUUAUCAGUUGAUCGAAGUUGGACGAGUGGAUUCCACGAAGAUACACUGCAUAGGGCAUAGUCUUGGUGCGCAUACUUGCGGCUAUAUCGGAUAUACUUUAAGGCAGACGUACGAUCAUAAACUUGGAAGGAUCACUGGCCUCGAUCCUGCCGAACCGCAUUUCAGCAACACGUCGACGAUGGUUCGACUCGAUCCGACCGAUGCCAUCUUCGUCACAGCUAUCCACACCGAUUGCAAUCCUUUUAUCAGCGGCGGCCUCGGCAUCACUCAACCUGUCGCGCAUAUCGAUUUCUAUCCGAACGGUGGUCGCAAUCAACCUGGUUGCAACGAGGGUGUUCUCAAUUUUAUCAGCUUGGAACAUGGCAGCUUCUUCCGUGGGAUAAAGAGAUUCGUCGGCUGCAAUCACAUCCGCAGUUACGAAUAUUUCAUAGAGAGUAUCAACACGGACUGUCCAUUUCUGACGGUUCCUUGCCCCUCUUGGGACAAGUUUCUAGAUGGCAGUUGCUUCGACUGCGUGAAUCAGUACUGUCCCAAGUUUGGAUUAGACGCUCAACCCGGAAACUACCGCGCAUCCGUCUACUCGAUGACUGGAUCCACCAAACCGUUUUGCAGAGGCCAUUACAAAGUCGUCAUCAACGUCUCGAAGACGAACGAGAGUCUGGACCACGGUGGCGAAGUUGGAACUUUCGCGCUUAAAGUAAUUGGACAAAAUGGAAAAAAGUCGGGGAGGAUGCCGCUCAGUUCUCAAUCGACGUACUACGAACCAGGUAGCACUCACACCGUGGUACUGCUUGGUGACGUGGUUGGCAAACUGGAAUCAGUGGAAAUUUCGUGGGAGUACCGAGUCUCUGUUUUCAAUCCGCUCACGUGGAGACUUCUGCACACGCCUCGCGUCUAUAUCGACUCGUUGAGCAUCGAGAGUUUGGAGGCCGCUCACAGCAUUACCGUGUGCCCCGACGAAUCGAAAGCUCUGCUCGCCAAGCAAUCGAAGAUCUUGACGACCAAGAAUUGUCAAAUAGCUCGGCCGAACGUGGUUUCAACCUAACGACAUCCUUCAAACCUUUAAAUCGACCAAUACAAUUACGACACAAUUACGAGUCAAGAGACUCGUAGUAACUCUGGCUGUCAAGAUUUCACUUUUCACACGCUACCGUAUGAAAUUUACUCGUUGCUUAUCGUACGACUUAUCUUUUAAGAAAUAAAUAUACUUUUUUCUAAUAA